GAUGCUCCCGCCCUACGCUCCCUUUAUUUACUCAUCUUAGCCCGUUUUUCAAUGGGAACCCCCUCUUUGGACUUUGCGUCUCUCAGUAACAACAAGCGACCGGGACAACCGCGCAGAGAGGGGCGGUGAGUUAAGCUCGCUACCCCGGCGAACGCCGAGGCCGGGGCGGGCCUGGUUAGGUUCGGCUUUCACGGCGGAGCUAGUGGGGGAUGUUGGCCGGAUAACUUGAUCGAACGCGCAGCAGGAGAAAAGAGACACAGGGGGGAAGCGAAACAAGAUGGAGGAGGCUGCUGUCGGAGGUUCGCGGGUGGCUGCGCAGGCCACCGAGGACGGAUCCGUGACCCAGCGGGACGAGGCCCUGCUGGAGGAGGAGAUGGAGAGACUUUUGGAGGAAAACGACUACCUGAAGUGCGAGAUCGAGGAGAUGAGGGCCGAGAUGGAAGAAAUGCGCGACACGUUCUACGAGGAAGACACGUGUCAGCUGCAGGACAUUAAGCGGGACCUAGAGCGAGCCAACAAAAACUGCAGGAUCCUGCAGUACCGCCUGCGUAAGGCCGAGAGGAAGCGGCUGCGCUACGCCCACACGGGGGAGAUCGACGAGGAGCUGCUGAGGAGUCUGGAACAGGACCUCAAGGUGGCCAAAGAUGUGUCAGUGAGGCUGCACCACGAGCUGGAGAAGGUGGAGGAGACCCGAUCCAAGACGGAAGACGAGAACGAGAAGCUCAGACAGAGCCUUAUCGAGGUGGAGGUGACCAAGCAAGCCCUGCAAAACGAACUAGACAAAGCCAAAGAGAAGAAACGAGGAGGGAAAGACGUUCAGAAGACUGACAAGAAAGCAGCACCGACUCCCACAGAGGAGGACAACGAGGAUCUUAAGUGCCAGUUGGCCUUGAUCAAGGAGGAGGCAAUACUGAUGAGGAGGAAGACGGCCACCCUCGACAAAGAGAAGGAUCGUCUGGAGCAAGAGCUGCAGAAGUACCGCUCCUUCUACGGCGAACUAGACAGCACCCAUCCUAAAGGCGAGGCCGGGGGACCGCCCUCGACUCGUGAGUCCGAGCUCAAGCUACGCCUUCGCCUGGUUGAGGAGGAGGCCAACAUCCUCGGGAGGAAAAUCGUCGAGUUGGAGGUGGAGAACCGAGGCCUGAGGGCCGAGCUGGACGACCUCCGCGGUGAGGGCGAAGGGGAGGGUGGGUCUGGGGCCGGCGCAACGGGCGGCCUGGGCUCUGGCCGAGGGCUCGGGGAUGACCUGACUGAGCUUCGGCAGCAGCUACAGCUGGUGGAAGACGAGGCCGAGCUUCUACGAAGGAACCUUGCCGAUGCCGAAGAACAGAACCAGAGGGUGACCAACGAGUUAAACAAGAUGCGGUUCAAAGCCCACGAGGGCGGGGCCCGGCACGGAGGAGGCUCAGGGGUAGGCGGGGUGGACGUGGCGAAGGCUGAGGCUCUGCAAGAGGAACUGAAGGCAGCCAGGCUUCAGAUCAAUGAUUUAAGUGGCAAGGUGAUGCAGCUGCAGUACGAGAACCGCGUACUGCUGUCUAACAUGCAGCGGUACGACCUGGCCUCCCACCUGUCCUUGCGGCCCAGCCCCAGAGACAGCGACGCCGAGAGCGAUAGCGGAGGCGGGACUAGCGGUCGGCGCGAAAGCGAUGAGGAUUCCACGUCAUCCCGCGUGCUCCCGCCUCACCGCAAACGUGAGGGUCCUGUCGGCGGUGAGAGCGAUCCAGACGAAGUCAGAAACAAUAAUGGCACAAGUCGUUGCCCGACGCCCACCAGGGGUGUCCUCACCCCGUCCGGAGCCGAGGGGGCCGCCUCCUCCCCGUUGGCUCGCUUCCUGCCCAGUGGGCGUUGCAGCCUUCGCGACAGGCAGCAGAUGAUCGACAUUCGCGUGGAAGCAGAGAGGCUCGCCCGGACCAUUGACCGACUCAUUGCAGACACAGCGGUGAUCAUCUCAGAAGCGAGGGUCUACAUUUCCAUUGGCGAAGUGGAGCAAGGCGGCGAGGACGACGGGAGCCGGAUCAGGGAGCACGAGCUGCUCUAUCGUAUCAACGCCCAAAUGAAAGCCUUCAGGAAGGAACUGCAGGCCUUCAUAGACAGACUGGAAGUGCCCAGGCUGGACGACAGGGAGACGGAGGAGCCGCUGUCGAUGUUCCAGCCGAUCAUUUUGCUCAUCCUCAUACUUGUGUUGUUCUCCUCCCUCUCUUACGCCACCAUAUUUAAACUGGUCUUUCUUUUCACCCUAUUCUUUGUUCUGUGAUUGGACACCUCCCCCUCCCCGACCGCCCCCUUCCUUUAUCUGCAUUCAUCCCCUGUCAGUUCUUCUCUGUUGAUUUGAUCUUUUUUUUUUUUUGUUCCCUUCCCCAUCACUGCAUUAUUUGUUGCCAAGGUUACCAAAAAGCGCAGGGGAAAGCUGCGCACUUCCCUGAAACGUUCCCUUUACCCUUGAGACCCGAUGGAGUAAGUCCCAG